UUAAAAGCGCGCGCGUGAGAAAUAUAAACAGAACAAAAUUCCUCCGGGCAAAAAUUUUAAUUUUUUUUAUUUAUUAAUAAUUAAUUUUUUUUUUAUUUAAAAAAAAAAUAUUUUUUCUUGACAACUUGGAUUUUUUUUUUCGUACAAAAGUCGAAUUGUACGACGAAGAGUUGAACAACGUGUAUUUUUGGGUUUUACAUAACAACUGCUUCCCAACGAAACCUUGCUCUUGACACAAAGUGACAAAAAUUCAAGUGAUGAACCGUAAAAUGAGCAAAAAUAUAUUAAAAUAUGUGUGGUGAUAAUAAAUUUUUUUCUAAUCAUGUUUAUUUAACAAAUACGACAAAAAAUUCUGCUUAUCAGUUGAAAGUAGCUGAUGAGACAAAUAUUACUUAAAAUAUUAUUUUACGUCAAACAAUUUAUAAAUUACUUGUGAGUCGGGUAGCCAACAUCAUCAAACCAAAAAAAAAAAUAGUUUUACGUGGAAAAAUAUCAGUGUGACACUUAGUAAUAUUUAGUAAAUAUAGAAAUAAAAAAAAAUAUUAAAGAAGCAGAAAAAAUGGUUUCACGUUCAAAUUCAACUGGAGACAGAAGUCGAAACGGGCAUGUGCUCGUGUAUGACCAAGCAGAUAUCCGACCAGAGUAUGAGAGAUCCGGAAGUAAAUUGGGAAAACGGCAUUUCGUAACGUUCAUGUUGUUCCUCGGCAUGGCGAAUGCGUAUGUUAUGCGGACAAACAUGUCGGUAGCCAUUGUUGCCAUGGUCAACCAUACAGCAUUAGAGUCAGAAGCAGAACUAGUCGAUGAUGAAUGUCCGAAUACAGAUUACGGAAAUACAACGGAGAAACAACAAGAUGGCGAGUUUGUGUGGACAGCAACGAUGCAGGCGUAUGUCUUGUCAUCCUUCUUCUAUGGCUACGUGUUAACUCAGAUUCCUUUCGGAUUGCUCGCAAAACGUUACGGUGCCUUGCAUUUCCUCGGCUGGGGAAUGUUCAUUAAUUCCGCAUUUGCUUUUUUGGUGCCCGUGGCGGCGCGCGAAGGAGGAUUGUUCUGGUUGUGCGUCGUGCGUUUCAUUCAGGGCUUGGGCGAGGGACCAAUUGUGCCGUGUACUCAUGCCUUGCUCGCGAAAUGGAUUCCGCCGAAUGAGAGAAGUCGCGUUGGAGCGGCAGUUUAUUCGGGCGCGCAGUUUGGAACUGUUAUUUCGAUGCCGUUGUCUGGAUUGCUCGCGGAAUACGGAUUUGAUGGAGGCUGGCCCUCGAUUUUCUACAUUUUUGGAUUGAUUGGCGUCAUUUGGUCUUUGGCAUUUGUAUGGAUGAUCUACGAAGAUCCCGAAGCUGAUAAGAAAAUGGAUGAGAAGGAGCGGAAAUAUAUCACGAAUGCGCUUUGGGGAGCAGCUCCUGUCACGCAAUCGCCGCCAAUUCCAUACAAAUCGAUCGCGUUUUCGUUGCCUUUCUAUGCGAUUUUGUUCGCUCACAUGGGUCAGAAUUACGGUUACGAAACUUUGAUGACUGAAUUGCCUUCCUACAUGAACCAAGUUUUGCGAUUCUCAUUGAAAGCUAACGGUUUCCUCUCGUCACUCCCAUACCUCGCAAUGUGGAUUUUCUCCAUUAUGAUUUCUUGGGUAGCUGACUGGAUGAUUUCCUCGAAACGCUUUAACCACACACAAACUCGUAAAAUUAUCAACAGCAUUGGGCAAUAUGGUCCCGCUGUGUGCCUAAUUGCCGCUUCCUACACUGGCUGCGAUCGUGUGCUAACUGUUGCGUUGCUCACAAUUGGCGUCGGCUUGAAUGGCGGCAUCUAUUCCGGCUUCAAAAUUAACCAUUUGGAUAUUACUCCGCGUUUCGCUGGCAUUCUCAUGUCACUCACAAACUGCACCGCUAAUUUGGCGGGACUUCUUGCGCCAAUCACGGCGGGAAUUUUGGUCGAAGGAAAGCCCACAAUUGCGGCAUGGCAAAAAGUAUUCUUCAUCGCUGCCGGCGUUUAUAUUUUCUGUGCCACAUUCUACAAUGUCUUCGGUAGCGGCAAACGUCAGCCAUGGGACAAUCCGGCAAAUGAUAAAAUGCAACCGACUACCGUGGUUAACGAAACGUCGCUCAGCACAGACCAGCAACUGACACAACGGAAGAGUAACGGCAGACAUGCGAACGACGAUGAGGAAACAAGACAGUGAAAUCGUGAUCUUAUUUGUUAUUAAUUUUUUAAUUGUAUCAAUUUUAACAUAAAUAAUAUUAUGGAUAAAGAAUUUUAUUUAGGUAGCUUCAAAGACGAAACGAUUCAGAAAAGAGAAAAAUGUAAAUUUUACAAAAAAAGAAGAAAAAUCUUGUUUUUUUUAUUAUUUUAAAAUAAAUAAAUAUUUAAUGUAAUAAUAUUAAUAAUAAUAUUUUCCUAACACAAAUAAUACAAAAAAAAAUAAGAUAAUGAGAUAAUAGUUGAUAGACAUUGAUUUUGGAUCAGUGACAAGAAAAGAAAAGAAAAUACAGAAAAAAUAGAUGACGUCAAGAU